GCGCGUGCGUGCCAGAUCCGAAGCGGAGGGGACAGCUCCCAGGUGCUGAAACUGGUCGGAGACACAGAGGGGGGAAGAAAAAAAUCAAGGUCUGCAUUAGAUUAAAUAAUAAAACCGAAUCCUGCAUUACAGGGGCAGAUACAAAUAGAGCCGAGGCCUUCAAAGCAGAUGGCUGCCACUCAGGAUAUAAAAGGGAAAGGAGAGGGAGGAGACCAAAAUUUUGACUACAUGUUCAAGUUGCUGAUCAUCGGCAACAGCAGCGUGGGCAAAACGUCCUUUCUGUUCCGCUACGCCGAUGAUGCCUUCACUUCAGCCUUUGUCAGCACAGUGGGCAUCGACUUUAAAGUGAAGACUGUGUACAAGAACGACAAGAGGAUCAAACUGCAGAUCUGGGACACUGCAGGCCAGGAGCGCUACAGGACCAUCACCACUGCUUACUACCGUGGUGCCAUGGGCUUUAUUCUCAUGUAUGACAUCACCAAUGAGGAGUCCUUUGGAGCUGUGCAGGACUGGUCAACCCAGAUAAAAACCUACUCGUGGGAUAAUGCCCAGGUGGUGCUGGCUGGGAAUAAAUGUGAUAUGGAAGAAGAGAGAGUAGUCUCAGUGGACAGUGGCAGACUGCUGGCAGAACAGUUGGGUUUUGAAUUCUUUGAAACAAGCGCCAAGGACAACAUCAACGUGAAGCAGACCUUUGAACGUCUUGUUGACCUAAUUUGCGACAAGAUGUCUGAGAGCUUGGACACUGAUCCGGCCGUCACCACAGGAGCCCCCACCGCCAAACUCACAGACAGCGCUCCGCCUCUCCAACAGCCGGGAUGCAACUGUUAGUGACCAACGUCUGGAAGCAGCACAGGUCAUGUUAGUUGGCAGAGUGUGCAGCAUUGUCAUUCCUGCCUGUGCUGCCCUCUCUGGACUUCUGUUCAAACCUUGUUCAGUAGUAGAGUUGCAAAUCACUGUUGUAUUAUCUCCCAAUGUUAUCACCUCAUAUAAAAAGCAAAUAACCAGGAAAACAGACAUGGCUGUUAUAACAUCAUAAGAUAUCUAGAAUAUACUGCAAAAUUGAAUUGUCAUUCUUCAGCUAAUUAGUAUAUUUAACCAGUUUUAUAGGGCUUGCAACUUUUACAAUCUUUAAGACCCUAAAUACUCACACAAUGAGGGAUAGGAUCAGAGGGUGCUUUAAAAGUCUUUUGUCUUACAUUUCUGUUCAGUGUGCAUUUUUCUUUGAUUGGUUCAUUUUCACUCCUAAAGCUGCCAAAUCUAUGAUUUAGAACACCAGAAAAUGUAGCAGCUCUCUUUGUGUAAUAUCUGUAGAAAUAAGUGUGUGGCAGUUAGUAAGUGACGAUUUUCAUGAGUGCAAGAGUUAUGUCCUAUUUGCCAUAAAAAAAAUCAUCUACCUUUGGAAAAAAAGUGGCCUUUUAGCAUCUCCAACAUGGCCUCGUGCGUCCCUCCGUACUGCUUUACUGUUGGAAUGAAUCUACUCUGUAUAAUGUCGAUGUGAGCCCACCCUUAGCUCUGUGUAGGUGUGAUAUUUCUCUGAUGACUAUAUCUGUAAGUCAAGCUGUAAAAUGACCCUUUAUUGUUUGAUGCAAAGAGCAUGCUGCCAAAAAAGUCAUUGUUAUGUGCUGUUUUCUCAAAAGAUAGGCCUUACCCAAACUCCAUCUAUCUUAACUCCAUAUGGUAGUACUGAUAUGGUACUUCAUUGAAUCUAAUUCUCAAACUGUCAAAGCACAGGUAAGUGUGUGAUCUGGCAUGGAAUAAACAGCCAUAAUUUCUGAGUCAGCAUGCUUUUGUGCUGUUAAACAAAGUCCCUUCUUAAAGAAAUAUUGCAGUAAGUUGCUUAGAAAACUUAAUAUACAGUAGUUUAAAUGGGAAUCUUCCCCUUACUGCAGGCAUAUUGUACUGUAUUGUCCUAAUUAUAAGUCCAUGUAGUGUAAAAGUUGUAGCUAAUUUAAAAAACCUGAAAUAUUUCACUUGAUAAAAAAAAGCUUAAAAAUAUUUGUGCCAAAACAAUUCCUUCAGCACCAUCAGAUGUCCGUUGCAUAGUAGAUUAAACUAUUAUUUUAUUGUUUUGUUUUUUUAAUUGCAUGAGGUCAAUCCUGACGUAUCUAUGUAGAUUUAUAUUCUAAGACACUGUAUAUAUCACUCUGUGUUACAGAUUUAGGAGCAUUGUCAUGGUACUUGCUAGGACAUGCUAUGGGCCAAUAAGUGCAAUAUUUUAUUAAUUAAACCAUGUAAAUAGUUUUGCCUGUCCUUGAGUUAAAAACUCUAUCUGCAGUGUGUGAGUGACAGUCUGCCAGAGUGGUUCUAAAAGUGUUGCACGCUCUCAAAAGAGAAGCGAGUGCUUCAUUCAGAACCUGCAACCACUGAAUGUGUGACAUGGUGCGUGUAUGUGUGUGUAUGUGUGUGCGUGCCUGCCAUAUUGAGGAGAUAAAUCACAGAUAUAUAGUGUAUUGUUUGUGUAUACCUUUUGUACAAAUGUAUUCAAGUACUGUUUGCUGUUCCCGCUAACUGUUGGGUGUUGACUGAACUUAUUAUCAUGUCAUAAUGCAGUGUUGUUGUGAGAGAUAGUCAGGGAGAUAACUUAGUCCAUGCCAUACAUAUACUGUUGUAAUUCUAAAAAAAGGGAUAUACAUAAUCUAGUUCAUAGAUCCUGCAUACAUCGGCACACAGUCUGUGUGCAUGUGUGUCUGUGUGUGAUAAUAUAACUUGUUGCCAUGAAAUAAAUUACUGUAGAUUUAAAGUUAAAAUUAAUUUCAUAGAGGAAUAAUGAUGGCACACAGUCAGUCUGGUAAUAUCUUGUUUUAGAACACUAUGACUUUACAUAUAGCUGAACAUAUUUAUUUCCUGAGGUGCAAUCAAAGUUAAGAAGUAUGUUUUUGAAAUGAUAGGAAAUAAAUCCAAUUCUAUGAGCA